AUGACCGUCCCAAGGUCAAACAGAGCCGUGCUCUUGGCCGCCGUCGUUUUCGUCACCAUAUUUCUCGGUCUUGCGCAUUUCCACCUAAAGACUCCCUCCGAGUCGACAGCAGCCGUAAAGAGCGGAGUCGACGAGCCCGCGCCUUUUGUCCCCGAGAAAGAAGCCGCCGCUGCUGCCCCGACUUUUGUACCCGGCGAAGAUGAAGAGAUUGGCGCGACACCCGCUGUUGAGGUCGUAGCUGAGACGCCGAAGCCUGACGAGCAUCACCAUGCUGUUACGCCCGAUAAGCCUGAGGCUGAUCCUGCGGAGGAGCCCAGCGAUCCCGAGGAGAUUGCUGAGGCUGAGGAGCAGGCUGCGAAUGCUUCUCCGACUCCCGCUCCCGCUGCUGCUGCUUCGCCCGCCGCUGAGCCGGAGCAAGAGCAAGAGCAAGAGCAUGACCACGAGCACGAGCAUGAGGAAGCGCACGACCACGAACAUGAACAUGACCCCGAGAAUGAGGAAGAGUUCAUCCCCGAAACCGAAGUCGAGGAAACACCUGAAGCUCCCGCCAUUCCCGAAGCGCCCACCGGUCCUAAUCUCGAUGCCUUCACACCCGAGCAAUGGAUCAAGCCCGCCGUCAAGGUCAACGAACCCGAAUACUACCCCUACGGCCACUGGCCCUCCAAGCUUCCCUCCGACAAGCCCAUUUGGAAUGAGCCUCUCGGCAAGAAGCUAUGCAUCAUCGACCUCGAGAGCCGUCGCUUCGACAAGCCCGGCCAGAUCUGGUCCGACGAAAUGACGUGGAACAAGAGCCGAGAAGUCCACGGCCCAUCCGGUGGCACACUGAACCACUGGGUCUACUCCAAGAUCCACGGAUACCAGUACUACCACAUCAAGAUCAACGGCUACCCCGACCGUCGCGAUUCAUGGAAGAAGCCCUCCGUCCUCUCGCAGGUCCUGAAGAAGCACGACGUCUGUGUUUUCAUCGACUCCGACGCUCUGUUCAACCGUCUUGACCUCCCCCUCGAGUGGCUCAUGAACUACUGGAGCAUUUCUCCCCAGAACAACUCCCUUGCUCUCCCCUACGAUCCCGACACCCAGCACAACCGCGACCGACGAGGAAACCUGUUCCUGAACACUGGUUUCAUGAUCAUGCAGAACAAGAACAAGACAUACGAGAUCUUCAAGGAGUGGGAUGACUGUGCCAAUGACGGCGGCAAGUUCCCCGGCUGCACUGAGUUCCGCAACCGAAAGGGCUGGCAACCAACCGAUCAGGGCGGUUUCGGCACGUUCAUCCGCUACGAGUAUCCCGAUGAGAUUCUCUCCCUGCCUUGUACCGAGGCCAACGGCUUUCCCGAGAGCCGAUCAGGCUGCGACGGAAAGUUCAUCAAGCACGUUUGGAUCGGCAAGGAGGACCGUCUCGUCCAGGCCGUCGGGGCUGUCUUCCCUGGUGUUCUACUCGAGACUUUCCACAAGCAGUUCCUCAAGGAGUCGGAGGGCUUCAAGACUUCCGAGGACGAUCUGAUCAAGCAAAACGGUAUGCCUUGGUAG